AUGUUGCCGGCUCGAGUGGGGCCGAGAGACAACUGGAGACAUACGGGAAAUCCAUACUACCCUGUUCACGGCUCCCAGCAAGUUGCACCCGCCGGCUCUCCAAAUGGACUUGCCCUUCAAGGCAACGAGCUGGCCAAGCAGUCAAUGCGGCCGCCGCCCAGCUGGAAGGAGCAGGCCUAUAUGCCAGGACCUGGCCUGCUUGAUCUCGGUGCUCAGGAAGAUGAUGAGGUCACAAGGAAGCUUCAGGAGGCUGUCAAGGCGGCCGCUGUUCAAUAUGGCCGGCAAGCCGUGCACAAAGGGGCACAGUUGGCAAAGAAGGCAGCCAUCCACAUCUAUCUUCACGCUGAGUCGAGCGCGUGGACCGUGAAGGGGGUGGCUUUCGUGGUUUCUUUGGUACUUUUUGUGGUGUCCAUGCUUUCCUUAUUCAACGUCUUUCAUGCACUUUCGCAUCCUUUGUACUACUUGCUGAAUUCCUACAACCUGGCGUUUGCAUGCGUGAUUGUGAUAAUGGAGGGCCCAACAGAGAUGGACUGCCAGUGCGGAGCGUGGGACAAGCUUCAACGAGUUCUUUUCAGCUGGGCCGCAUUCUUGGCGUCCCGUACAGGCCGUGCUCUUUUCUACUUCUUCGUCGGUACACUGAACAUGUUCAUGAUGCCUCAUGAUUGGCUUUGGACCCUGAUCUAUUUCUCUUUGGGCUCUGCUUUGGCCUUUGUUGGUCUGCUAUCCCUGCUAGACAGAUAUGGGUGCACCACAAUUUGCUGCCCGGGAAUGCGCGGUCAUGUUCGUGGCAAGCUGCGUGAUACUGAUCAUUAUGGAGAUGCAAUAGCAAACAGAGGUAGUCCUCAAGGAUCCGAUAAUUCUUCACCCCAGGGCUAUGCGGCCAGAAACCCGCCGAGAAUCCAGGAAAUGGAACAGCUCCUUGAUGCAGAGAUGGGGCACAACCCGUAUCCUCACAGAUAA